AUGACACACUCCCGCAAUUUCACCUCCCUAACGUGUCAGGACCUAGAAGGAGUUGGAUCAUUGAACACCACUUGCACACUAAACUCAAAUCUCCGUUUCGAUUCCGAUACUUACGUGUACGGAACGGGGAACCUCAACAUACUAACAAACGUCUUAGUUGACUGCCUCAUCCAAGGAUGCUUGAUCAGUUUCAACUUCUCCUCCGGAGCCAUCCACUUGAGACAUUCAGCGAGGAUCGUCGCGGGAUCAGUUGUUCUCUCAGCUACCAAUGUAACGGUGGAGGGAAAUUCCUCCAUCUACACUACGGCGUUGGGCGGACCGCCGCCUUCUCAGACUAGCGGGACGCCCGUUGGUGAAGAUGGCGGUGGUGGAGGACAUGGUGGGAGAGGUGCGUCGUGUGUGGAGAGUGAUGUGACGACUUAUUGGGGUGGGGAUGUUUAUAGCUGGUCGAGUUUGGAUGAUCCGUGGAGUUAUGGGAGUGAAGGAGGGGUUAGGUUGAAAGCAGGAGGUAAAGGUGGAGGUCGUGUUAAGGUGAUAGUGAAAGAUAUUAUGAUGCUGAAUGGUUCUGUUUCUGCUGAUGGUGGGGAUGGUGGUGAGGAAGGUGGUGGAGGAUCUGGAGGAAGUAUUUGUAUUCAUGCUGUUAAGCUGAAGGGUUAUGGUAAAAUAUCUGCAUCAGGUGGGAGGGGAUGGGGUGGAGGUGGUGGAGGAAGGAUCUCCCUUCAUUGCUACAGCAUACAAGAAGAUGUCAGAGUUCUUGUGCAUGGUGGUGCAAGUAUAGGGUGCCCCAAAAAUGCUGGAGCAGCUGGAACGUACUUUAAUGCAGAAUUGUCGAGUUUAAGGGUUGGGAAUGAUAACAUGACUACAGAGACUGAAACUCCUUUGCUUGAUUUUCCUACGAGUCCUCCCUGGUCAAACAUCUAUGUAGAUAAUCAUGCUAAAGUUUUGGUUCCGUUGCUCUGGACCAGAAUGCAGGUCAGAGGUCAAAUCAGUCUUUAUCGGGGGAGCAGCAUUGUCUUUGGGUUAUCAAAGUUUCCAGUUUCAGAAUUUGAGCUAGUUACGGAAGAGCUUUUAAUGAGUAACUCCGUUUAUGGUGCAUUACGACUUGGUACGAAGAUACUUCUCAUGUUGAAUUCUGUAAUUAAAAUCGAUUGUGAAGGAAACCCUGCAGUGCCUCCCUCUAUUCUUGAAGUUCGCAACCUUGCAGUUCUAACGGAAAAUUCCAUCAUUACUUCUAAUGCGAACUUAAGUGUAUAUGGUCAAGGAAUGUUGAUGCUCACCGGUCCUGGAGAUGCAAUUAAAGGCCAGAGACUUUCCUUAUCUCAGUUUUACAACUUAACUGUUGGACCAGGUUCUAUACUUCAGGCACCACUUGACGACGAUGAAAGCAAAGACACGGUUACUCAUGCCCUUUGUGAGAGCAAGACAUGCCCAAUAGACUUGAUAAGUCCGCCAGAUGAUUGCCAUGUCAAUUAUACACUAUCCUUCUCUCUUCAGAUAUGUCGAGUUGAGGACAUUCUUGUGAGUGGCAUUGUUAAAGGAAGCAUAAUUCAAAUCCAUAGGGCAAGAACAGUAGUAGUUACUGAUGAAGGCCUGAUCAGUGCAUCUGAAUUUGGGUGCAGUGGUGGCCUGGGGAAAGGACUUUAUUCAAAUGGGGCAGGUAGUGGUGCCGGGCAUGGAGGGCGAGGGGGUUCGGGCACUUUCAAUGGGAGAGUAUGCAAUGGAGGUCACACCUACGGUGAUCCGGAUUUUCCCUGUGAGUUAGGGAGUGGAGCUGAGAGUCCAGAUAAAUCAUAUGGGAAUGUGAUUGGUGGAGGAAUGAUUGUAAUUGGCUCCAUCCACUUUCCUCUUUUGACGCUCAAUCUACGUGGAUCAUUAAGCUCUGAUGGCCAAAGCCUUGGAAAGGCGAUAACGAACGGUAACAGAUCUUUGGUGGGUGGAGUUGGUGGAGGAUCUGGUGGGACGAUUCUUCUUUUUCUUCAGAUGCUUCAACUCUCAAAGAAUUCAUCUCUAUCAGUAAGAGGGGGCAGAGGUGGCCUUCUUGGAGGAGGUGGGGGUGGAGGUGGAAGACUACAUUUUCACUGGGACAUGUUGCACACUGGUGAUGAGUAUUUUCCUGUUGCAACCGUCAAGGGGUCCAUUAGUAAUAGAGGAGGUGCAGGUGACAAUGGAGGCCGUUUUGGGGAAGAGGGAACGAUGACUGGUAAAAAGUGUCCGAAGGGACUCUAUGGUACAUUUUGCUUGGAAUGCCCCAUUGGGACUUUCAAGAACGUUGAAGGUUCUGACAAGCGUCUUUGUACACCUUGCCCACCUGAACAUCUUCCAAGCCGUGCAAAAUUCGUAUACGUACGAGGAGGAGUUAGCGAACCUUUUUGUCCUUAUAAAUGUGUGUCUGACAAGUACAGAUUGCCAAACUGUUAUACACCUCUGGAAGAUCUUGUCUAUACAUUUGGAGGGCCAUUUCCCUUUGCUCUUGUUCUAUCUUGUGUAGCGGUAGUCUUGGGUCUGUUGCUAAGCAUAUUAAGUAUAAGAUUGUUAAGAUCAAGUUCUUAUGGUGCCAGUUCCAUCGAACACCAGAGUACUCAUUGUUUACCACAUCUUCUGUCACUCUCUGAGGUCCGAGGCGCAAAAUCUGACGUUACACAAACCCACGCUUACCGUAUGUACUUCAUGGGUCCAAACACUUUCAGGGAACCUUGGCAUCUACCCUACUCUCGUCCCCACGCAAUCAUCGAGAUAGUUUACGAGGAUGCUUUUAACAGAUUCAUUGAUGAGGUCAACUCUACUGCGUCAUACGAUUGGUGGGAAGGGUCAGUGCACAGCAUUUUAUCAUUUCUCGCAAACCCUUGCGCCUGGUCUUGGAAACAAUGGCGUCGCAGGAGAAAAAUUCAUCGCCUUCAGGAAUACGUAAAAUCUCAAUAUGACCACUCUUGCCUCCGCUCAUGCAGGUCUAGAGCUCUAUACAAAGGCAUGAAGGUUGGAGCCACACCGGAUCUGAUGGUUGCAUACGUAGAUUUUUUCCUUGGCGGUGACGAGAAGCGUGUAGAUAUGGUCUCUGUUAUACAGAAAAGAUUCCCAAUGUGCAUACUUUUUGGUGGAGAUGGAAGUUAUAUGUCACCUUAUAGUCUUCAUAGUGACUCACUCUUAACAAAUCUUCUUGGACAGGUUAGCUUAUUUCUCCCUCUCUCUCUAUUUUAUUUAAACUUAGAGAAUCUCCUAAAGGCUUCCACAUCACUAUUCCAGCACAUCCCACCAAGUGUCUGGCACCGGUUUGUCGCCGGUUUAAACGCACAGCUUAGGACAGUGAGGCAUGGAUCUAUUCGCUCAGCAUUACUUCCUGUCAUUAGAUGGGUAAACAGCCAUGCAAAUCCUCAACUUGAAUUCCACGGAGUAAGAAUUAAGCUUGGAUGGUUUCAAUCUACAGCUUCUGGUUAUUACCAACUUGGUAUCUUGGUUUUUGUCGGAGAUUUUCCUGUGAACACUUUAAACCAAUCAGUUUCAUUCAGUAGAAGUGACGACGAGUCCCCUCGGAACAGCUCUGCAUGUCCUAGCAAUUCUCUAACCGAGUUGCAACAAAACUUGAUCCAACCAGGACAUGGGUUAUCUCGGAGGAGAAUCAAUGGUGGAAUAAAUGGAAGCCUCAUCAACGAGAUUUCAAUACAAUCUCUGGAGUACAGGAGGGACUUACUUUAUCCAUUUUCUCUCUUAUUAAACAAUACACGACCCGUUGGUCGUCAGGAUACUCUUCUACGUUUGAUCUCCAUCCUUCUUCUUGCGGAUCUUUCAGUCACGGUCCUUGCACUGCUUCAGUUUUAUUGGAUUGCUCUUGCAGCCUUCUUUGCUAUCCUCCUGAUUCUCCCUCUCGCUCUGCUUUGUCCGUUCCCGGCUGGCCUCAACGCUUUAUUGAGUAGAGAAAUUAGAAGAGCUUCAGUUACACGUGUCUACGCCCUUUGGAACGCUACAUCUCUAACCAACGUUAUUGUGGCUUUCGUUUGCGGUAUCAUUCAUUCCGUGUUUUUCUCUGACCAUCUAAGUGAUAAGACAAACAUCUGGAACGCUAUAAGAGAUGAUAAAUGGUGGGUAUUACCAACAGUUCUCUUGUUACUUAAGUCGAUACAAGCUAGGUUCCUUGAUUGGCACGUGGCAAAUCUGGAAGUAGCAGACUUUUCUCUGCUAUGUCCCGAUCCAGAUACGUUCUGGGCAUAUGAAUAUGGAACUUGA